AUGACGACAGUGUACACCUGCUUGAUCUCAUUGGCUCAGGUGGUCUCCAAUCAAGAAGUGGACUUCCACCCAGUGACCAAAGGAUUUCCACAUCAUGCGAAAACAUGCCACGAAAUCUCAGCAAACGGUUCCCUCACAAUUUUGCAUCUUCCAAAAACUAUGAUUAGUCCUUCACCAACCUCUGCUCGUCUUCACAAUGGUGGAAACCGCGACGCGGCAAGCGCCUCUCUCCCUCCUUCACCUGAUAACCUCACUUUGAUCUACCUCAUGGGCAACGGAGUAAGGAACAGUUCUCGUGAUUCUCCACAGCACAACCGCGGAGGACAGAAUGGCCAUCGAACCGUGUCAACGCAGGAGAAGCAACAGCUCAGCAUGAACAUGAUUGAAACAGUUCUCUCCAUUAUGGAUGACUCGAUCAUCGACGACAUGUCCCAUUCUGAAUGA